AUGAGCAGAAACAGAACGAAUGGCCCUGGUAGACCUCAAAAACCAAAGGAGGAUGAGUAAGAGAUCUUUUUAGAUAACAAUUACAUUGCUACCAAUUAGUUAGCAUUGAAAUUGAUGGAAAUCUUCUCGUAGUUUGCUACUUAUAGAUUAUUAACAAAAACAGGACCUAAUAAGGAGAGAAACAAUGAUUAAAUUAAAUUGAGGAGGAAGAAUGUUGAGAAAGUGCAAUCAAAGCUUAGAGAACAGCUUAAAAUUUAAGAGGAUUACACUUUCUUCUUAAAAGACUUGGAUAGCUGUACUCUUCAAUAUGACAUCGCCAAUGAUUAGUUGGUUGAUCUCAAUAAAUUUAAACUAAAUAAGGAUGAGUUCAAAGAUUUGAAUAUAAAAGAUUCUGUACUAAAGAGCAUUGAACUAGUGAGUAAUUAAUUAAAUCCUGAGCUCUAAAUCUUUUUGAUUGAGUUUGUCAAAUAGUAUAGUCUACAACAGGAUGAUGAAGAUGAAUUUAAGAAAGGAUUUUUGAAUUAUAUUUUAACUAACUAACAUAAAUAUUAGGAAGUUAUCAAUUGGAGUAAAUUAUAUGAUAUGGCAUAUGAUGAAAAAUUGGAAUUAUUAAAAUUAUAGGUUGUAUCAUUCAAAGAGAAGUAUAUGGUUUAUGAAUAGAAUCCAACUAAGAAGUAUAAAGUGAUUGAAAAGAGAGAAACCUAAUUGAAACAAGACCAAUCUUAAAUCUAAAAAUUAGAAAAUUACAAGGGAAAUCACAAGUCCUUAUAAUUAUUUAUAAAUGACAUAGCAGACACUCUAAAAGAGUUUUGGUUGUAAAGUGAUUAGGAAUCAAAAACUUGA